GCAUCCUGCACAGCAGUGAUAAGUAAUGAAGCCAUGCACCGACAUCUUUAGUAAGGGCGAUCCUAGCGACGUGACAAAGUUUUGACGCCAGCCUACUGGCUGUUCCAAUAAGCAUGCGCCUCCAGAUUGGCCAAUCGCCUUGCGACUCCCAACCCACCCUCCGUCAUCUUAACAUUGGGCACUCUCGACAGUAGCAGAGUGUAGCGAAGCCUCCAGCGACCAUCUUGGUUGAGGGCAGAAUCGAGGGUGGCGUUGCUUACGCUGCCCCGGCAUUCUCCUGGACUCACGUGGAAGUCGCGCUCAGGAUGCUGCGUCGUGAGGCCCGCCUUCGCCGGGAGUACCUGUACCGCAAGGCCCGCGAGGAGUCGCUGCGAACCGCCCAGGAGAGGAAGGAGAAGGUUCGGCGCGCCCUGGAAGAGAAUCGCCUGAUUCCCACCGAGUUACGCAGGGAGGCUCUGGCCUUACAGGGUUCCCUGGAGUUCGAUGACGCCGGCGGUGAAGGUGUGACCAACCACAUGGAUGAUGAAUAUCGAUGGGCAGGGGUCGAGGACCCUAAGGUCAUGAUCACUACCUCCCGAGACCCCAGUUCCCGCCUCAAGAUGUUUGCAAAGGAGCUGAAGUUGGUGUUCCCAGGUGCCCAACGCAUGAACCGUGGCCGGCAUGAGGUAGGGGCACUGGUGCGAGCCUGCAAAGCCAAUGGUGUCACCGACCUGCUGGUUGUCCAUGAGCAUCGAGGCACACCUGUGGGGCUCAUUGUUAGCCACCUGCCCUUCGGCCCUACUGCUUACUUCACACUGUGCAAUGUGGUCAUGCGGCACGACAUCCCUGACCUGGGCACCGUGUCCGAGGCCAAGCCUCACCUCAUCAUGCAUGGCUUCUCCUCCCGACUAGGCAAGCGGGUCUCCGACAUACUCCGUUACCUAUUCCCUGUGCCCAAAGAUGACAGCCACCGGGUCAUCACCUUCGCGAACCAAGAUGACUAUAUCUCCUUCCGGCACCAUGUGUAUAGGAAGACCAGCCACCGCAGUGUGGAGCUGACCGAGGUCGGACCUCGCUUUGAACUGAAGUUGUACACGAUCCGCCUGGGCACGCUGGAGCAGGAGGCCACAGCCGACGUGGAGUGGCGCUGGCACCCAUACACCAACACGGCACGCAAGAGGGUCUUUCUGAGUGCUGAGUGAACCCGCUCGCUGGUCAGGACGUGGGCCUGGACCCAGGACUCGGGGAGCGGUCAGAAUAAAGUCUGUGUGCCACACCACCCCCUCUGCCUCUGUGUG